UCGCCAAAUAUAUCGCAGCCUCGUCUUCACGGGGUUUCUGGAAAGAAUACAGAAAGAAAAUAUGGCUCCCAUCUAGCUAUAACUGCAGUCCUCCUUGCUUCUUUGGGACAUUAAUGUAAAGCUGUCAUGGAGAAGCAGAGGAGGCAACUGACUCCAGAGCAAGAUGCCCUGGAGCACAUACUUGCUUGUAGAGACAAACACUUUCUGAAGGAAAGAUUUAUAGACUCCUUUAAAGGGAGAGGAUUGUUCACCCACAAGGCCAUUGAACCAUCCACAUUUGUUGUUGAAUAUCGGGGGAAUGUCUUUUUUCAUAAAGACACAAUGCCUACAACGGAAUGUAGUUAUACUCUUAACAAGUAUUUGUUUGAGUUUUCAUGGGAAGGAGCACAGUGGUGUGUUGAUGCCUCAAAGGAGGACAGGGCCCUUGGACGACUCGUGAAUGACAAUCACAUAAGUCCCAACUGUGAAAUGAAGACAAUGGUCUAUAAGGGAAAACCACACUUGUGCCUGUUUGCAGUGACAGAAAUAUUUCCUGGCGAGGAGAUUACUUACAACUACGGGGACGCAGCUUACCCGUGGCGCUCAAGGACGUCCUUUGAUGGAACCAGUACUUCAUACUCAGACUUUUAUGCUACUGCAUCAACACCAAGGACUGUAAGGUGUGAGUACUCGUCACCUUCCAGCUUUAAAAAUUCCUGCGCUGAUGAUGACGACAAGGAAGUACCUGACAGUGGAGCAAGUCAUGGCAAUUACGGUUUAAUCAAUAUCAACAGUCAAAUGGACUUCAGGGACAAUUCACCUUUGGCAGAUUUCUGCUCUUCUAAAGAGAUGACGGAGACCUUUAUGCAGCAACCAGACGAUGCCUCACACACCCAGCGGGAAGACAAGGCUGCUUCAGGAACUGAUGAAGAAUACAGACCCAGCAAGGCCACACGAAAACCCAAAGGCACUUCUAGCUCUAAAAAUUAUUGUUACAUUUGCGGGAAAAGUUUUUCUAAAGUUAUUCGUCAUCUUUUAAGGCAUUCUGAGGAAGCGCCUGAAAUCGCAGAAGCCUUGGCAUUACCCAAAGCCUCCAAGGAACGAAAAAGGUUAAUUAACGAAUUUCGUAACAGGGGAAAUUACCAACAUAAUCUAGAGGUGUUGAAGAACAACAGCGGAGACUUAAAAGUGAAGAGGCGACCAAAAGUCAUGGCGAUCAGUGCUAAAUCAUAUGUGCACUGUCUAUAUUGUAAAGGCAUGUUUAGACGUCAGGAGAUGUGGAGGCAUGUGUCCAGAUGUCCUUCUAAGAAAACGUCAAACACUGCAACGGGCAAAAAGACAAGAGUCUUAAGCGAGAUUGCUCUUGCAGAGUCACCAUUUUGUGAAAGACUUCCGCCCGCCGUGUGGAAGAUGCUCUUAAGUAUGAAACCAGAUGCGAUAUCAUCUGCGGUCCAAAAUGAUUUCCUUCUAAUGCAGCUGUGCUUGUACCUAUGCAAUAAGUAUGAAAAUCAUCCGAGCAAACAAGAGUACAUCAGACAGCAGCUGCGAGAAAUGGGAAGGCUUCUGUUAGCACUGCACAAAAAGUCAAUAUUUAGCAUCAAAGAUGCUAUCAGAUCCAACAACUUCUACAAGAUAGUUGAGGCAGUCAAAGAUGUCACCGGUUUCAAUGAAAAGAUGCAGAGCUACUGCAAGCCCAGUUUGGCUUUGAAGUUGGGACAUUCACUGAAGAAAAUGUGCGGAAUCGUCCUCACCGGAGUCGACGUCAGUGACGAGAUGAUGAGGGACACAAAGACGUUCAUGAAACUUUGUGACAGAGAAUGGUCACAGCUCGUCUCCCUCUCAGGACGAAAAUUAAGCAACCCGUCCACCAUACCGUUCACGCGUGAUAUUCAGGCGUUCUACAGCUACCUGGAAACAACAUCCGCUUCUGCCAUCAAAGGCCUGGAGAAGCAUGAAAACCCGGAGGUCUACAAUGCACUUUGCAGAGUGACUCUUGCACAAGUGUCGGUCCUAAGCAAAUGUGCAUCGGAGGUCUCCAAAAUGACACUAAAGACAUUCCAGCAGAGAGAAGACUCCACCCAAGUGUUGUCCAAGCACUUCAUCAGGAUAAAUAUUCAGAGCCGGUCCGGCCAAAACGUUGCUGUCCUGCUGACCUCUGAACUUGUCGGCGGAAUUACUCUGCUCAUGAGCAAGAGAGAAGCAUGUGGCGUACACAAAGACAACCCUUUCUUGUUCGCAAAGCCCAACUCGUCGCCCACGAGCCUCUUCCACGGAGUAAAAUGCAUCAGGGCUUUUUCUAGUCUGUGUCACGCAAAGAACCCAGAGCAUUUCAGGCCAAUGCAUCUCCACAAGCACAUCGCAAGAGUCUUCCAGAUUCUCAACCUGGAGAACGACGAGCUCGAUCACCUUGCUAAACUGUUGGGCCAUGACAUUCGGGCUGACAGGGACUAUUAUCGGCUGCCAGAGGCAGCUGUCGAACUUGCCAAAAUAUCGAAACUUCUCCUGGCAAUGGAAAAGGGCUCUCUUGAAAAAUUCAAAGGAAACUCUCUGGAGGAAAUGGAGAUUGAGGAUGAAUUGGAGCCAGAUGUGGAGCAGGGCAACCCUGAAAACUGUAAUGCUGAGGAGGACAAUGAAGAAUCAGAUCUUUUACUUCAGCAGAGUGAUGCUGUGGAACAACACGGCUUGCAACUGACUCCUGAGCAGGAUGCCGUGGAGCACAUAAAGGCUCGCCGAGACAAACCCUUCCUGGAGAAAAGGUUGAUGGACCCCUUUAAAGGGAGAGGUGUGUUUACCAAUGAAUCCAUUGAAGCGUCCACCUUUGUUGUUGAGUAUCAAGGGAACAUCUACUCUCUCAAAGAAACCAGGAGAAAAAAGUAUUGCGACACUCUGAACAACUAUUUGUUUGACUUCUUGUGGAAUGGAACAAGCUGGCGCAUUGAUGCUGCGAACGAUGACGAGACCCUUGGACGACUUGUAAAUGAUAAUCACAUAAGUCCCAACUGUGAGAUGAAGAAAGUUGUCUAUGAGGGGAAACCACACUUGUGCCUUUUUGCUUCGACAGAAAUAUCUCCAGGCGAGGAGAUCACUUACAACUACGGGGACUCCGCUUAUCCGUGGCGCUCAGGGGAACCCAGUGAGGAACUGAAUGCAUCACAAGGAGACCUAAAUGCCGCUGCAUUUUUACCGGAGCAUGAACGUGAUGAUGAUGAAGACUACGUACCUUCUGGAAGUGGCAACGACGAGCUGGGGCUUGAGCAACAGCCCAACGACGCCUCAUGCAUCCAGCAGGAUUACGAGUCUGACUACACUCCUGAUGACUCUACCUCUGAUGAAGAGGUUAAAGACCCCUACCUCACCAACAAAAACUACUGUUACGUUUGCGGGGUAGCUCAGACAAAAAUUUCCCGUCACCUAUUCACCCAUAGAAUGGAAGAGCCCGAUAUCGCUAGGGUAUUGAAGCUACGCAAGAACUCUAAAGAGCGAAAAGGGCAGCUGGAGAUGUUACGAAGCAGGGGAAAUAACCUGCACAAUCAAGAGGUUUUGCAGACUCGCUGCGGAGAGCUGAAAGUGAAAAGAAAAAACCCAAACACUCUCGCCACUGCAAAAGCAUUUGCGUCUUGUCUGUAUUGUAAAAACAUGUUCAAUCGUAAGGAAAUGUGGCGACACAUGAAGAGGUGUCCUACUAGGAAACUCUGCAAACCUCAAUCAGUGAAUACUAGAGCCUUAAUUCUGGUUGCUGCUGCGGAGUCAAACCCCCAAAACCUCUCACUGAAUGUGAGGACGAUGUUAAACACACUGAAGAAAGAUGAGAUUUCAUCCAAGGUCUUGAAUGACUCCUUGUUACUGCGGCUGGCACAUUGCAUGUACCCCAGGAAAGAGAGAAAAGCAAACAAAUUGGAAUGGAUCAAACUCAAGCUGAGGCAUAUGGGACGGCUCCUGUUGGCGUUAAAGGAGAAGUCGAUAUGUAGCUUCGAAGACGCCGUGAAACUCGAAAACUUCAGCAAAGUUGUCGAAGCCGUGAGAGAGCUUGCUGGCUUAAACGAGGAGACAAAGUCCUACAAGAGACCAAGCUUCCUAAAGACUUUGUGGAAUUCGCUCAAGAAAAUCGGCGAGAUCAACUUUGCCAGAGCUUGGAGAGAGAACGCCGGCAGCAAGACGAUAAAUGAUGCGGAUGCAUUCAUGAAGUCGUGUGCGAAAGAAUGGAGCUAUGUCUGUCCGCCAGUAUCGAAGGGCAACGCGCCAACCGUACCGUUCAUACACGAUGUGCAGCUUUUCCAUCAGUGCAUGGAGAAGACCGCAGCUUCGGCAGUAGAAAGUCUGACGCUGUACGAAAGCCCUCCGGUCUACAGUGCGCUUCUCAGGGUGACCGUUGCGCAGGUGUCUGUCUUGAACAAAAACUUGGCCCAAGUUUCACGCACAACGCUCGAGUCGUUCAAAGAGGCCGAGCUUGAGGAGGACACUGCCGUCAGCCGGUCGCAGUUCGAGCAAAUCCUUUCCAAGCCCACAGUGAGGGUCAACCUCGUGAGCAACAGGGGCAAAAAGGUUUCCGUUACGUUGACCCCUGAGCUGCUCGCUGCCAUAACGCUGCUUGUGAACAAGAGAGGAGCAUGCGGCGUGCAUGAAAACAACCCCUUCUUAUUCGGGAUCCCGGAGGCGCCGUGCACAAGCUUCUACCAAGGACAGCGGUGCACCCUCACGUACGCGACUCGCUGCGGUGCGAAGAACAAGGCGACCCUGCGCUCUGUGUAUUUCCACAAGCACAUUGCAAGACUUUUCCAGAUUCUCGGCCUCACGGGCGACGAGCUCGAUCAGCUGGCCAAGCUUUUGGGGCGGGACAUUCCGACCGACAGGGAGUAUUAUCGGACUCCAGAGGCGGCUGGCGACAUUGCGAAAAUCUCAGAGCUGCUGUCAGCGCUGGAGGAUGGAUCUCUCGAAAGGUUCGAAGGGAAAUCUCUUGAGGAAAUUGAGAUUCCAGAUGAAUUGGAGCCGGAUGUUGAGCAGGACACCCCUGUGAAAUGUGAUGCCGAGGAGGACAAUGAAGAAUCCGAAAGCUCUCUGAUGAGCAGUUCUCCCGUCACAAAAGGCUCCUUUUCGGUUACCAAAAGAAACCCUCGAGCGUCUUUCUCUGAGAAAUGUCGCCGAGGCCGGAGAAAGAGGCAAGAGAGUGAGGCAUCUGGGCUGGAUGAGGAUGAGAAAAAUGAAGAGCCGACCUCCGAGAAGGACGACGGGUCGGAGGAAACGCCUUCGAACCGUGCCGUCAACACACCUGAGGGAGCGGUGACUCGUGGCAACGAAGACGAGACAAACAUUUCCUUCAGUGAUGACGAUGAAGACAUGAAUGUGGACUUUGACAUGGACACAGAUGAGGAUGUCAGAAAUGAGGGAAAUGAAGAAGAUGGUGACCCAAGCGGUUCAGCAGCAACGCCUCUGACACCGGAUGUGACGGAGCAGGACAACAAGCGCCCCAGUGUUGCAGACCUCGAAGAGACCAUGGACAUCGACACAGCGAACAGUGUGGACAAAGAAGAUCAAAAGAAAGGAGAAAAGAACAAAUUAUCAGCUGCAGUGACUGGAAUGAAAGAAGUGAAGAUAUUAAUCCCCAAACUGGACAUUGAAAAGUUUAAGGCUCCGGUCCACGAUUCCCAGUUAUCGUCUGAGUGUAACUCCGUCAGGUCGCCGGGGAAAGAUCCGUCCAUCCAAGACGACAGCAGCCAGCGUCGAAUAUCCUCAAGAGUCACAAAAGUCAAAGACAAGCCAAGCGACGCAAAGGUGAUGCAGAUGAACUGCUCCCACUGCAAGAAGAGCAUGACGAAGGGCCAAACGGCUUUCCAGAAGAAGGGAUUUACGGACAUCUUCUGCUCCAAAAACUGUCUUUUCGAAAUGUUCCCCAUCAACAAACCAGUCGCCAAGACGUGCCAUCACUGUCUCAAGGCGAUAUGGCAGCCUCUGGACCUCAUCAUGGCUGCAGUGGACAUUAAGGGGACCAUGAAGGACUUCUGCAGUCCGACCUGUCUGCUGUCCUUUAAGUCCAACACUGUGUCCACCCAAACGCCACAACGGCUCUGCAGCAUGUGCAACAAAGCCUGCACUAUCAUGUGCCAGUUGACUCUGAACGAGGCCGUCCACACAUUCUGCGGCAACUCCUGCCUGGGCGACUUCCGCAGGGACUACAUCGCCGUCUGCGAGCACUGCAGCUCCACUUUUUGCCACAAACCGCUGAAGCUGAAGCUGAAGCUGGGGCUCGAGGAGGCCAAGACCGUCUGCAGUCAGGAAUGUCUGGACCAGUUCAAAGAGAAAAUCAAGACGCCCCACCAGUGCACCAUGUGCCACACUUCUCUGCCGGUUUCGGACAUGUUGGAUUUCAAAAGCGGCGAGAACGUGGUGCAGCUCUUCUGCACCAAAACCUGCGUGAAGUCAUACAUGCUGCGGCCCGCAGGUGGACACGGUCGUCAAGCAGAGAGAGAGACCACAGAUGAAUCGAAGAAGAAGAGAGCCACACAAACGAUACAAAUAGUGGCUGCUGAGAAAGUGAAGAAAAGCGAUGCGCCUGCCGCCGCCGAAUGGGACGCCAGGCCGCAGCUCAUCAUAGCGGAGUCGCAGGUUGUCUGCAGCAACUGUGGGAAGGAAAUAGCGAGAGGAAAGACAGUUCACCAGACGAAGAGCACCAUGGAGCUUUUCUGCUCGGUCCAGUGCCUCUCGGUGAAGCAUCCCAACAUCACGCCAAUCACCCAAAGCUGCUACAACUGCUUCCAGGUGAUCAUACGGCCUCACAGCAUGAUCCUGGCUCCGGUGGACGACUCUGGAGCUAUGAGGGAACUGUGCAGCACCGCCUGCCUCGCUUCCGUCAACUCCAAGAGGAACGCGGCCGGCCCCAAAGCAUCACAUCCAGGUGCAGGACCUCGUUCAGAGUGCAGGAUGUGCGGCAAGUUUUGCAAUUGCAAAUUCCACACGCAGAGACUCUGCAGCAACGCCUGCUUCAUCUACUACCACAGGGUCAACAAGUUGCCAGUGUCCGCCUGUGACGUCUGCAGCGCCAUCGGCCUCGACACACGGUACACGCUGAAGGUGGAGGACGGCAACAAGACCCUCUGCAGCGAGGAAUGUCUGGCCAAGUUCAAGGAGGAAAUGGAGGCGCUUCGGCUGUGCCCCAUGUGCCGUACGCCCCAUCAGUUGUCAGACAUGGUUGAAAAUAAAAACAAAGAGGGCAUGUUGGACUUCUUCUGCAGCAACAGAUGCGUGCUGGUACACAACGCUCAGUCUUCCAGUAUGUCAGAAAGGAACAGCCCAGCAUCUGAAGAGAAGGACGUCAAAGAAGUAAAGCCAGCGCUACCAUAUUUGCACUGUAUAAAAGAAGAGCCCGUUGACGAGGAGUACAACCAGAAUCUCCCAUCCUCCAUUUCCACAGAAGGCAUCAAAGAUGAGCCGAAGGCAGAAGAUGAUGUGGCGAAGGAGGACUUGAAGAUCGGUUCAGUCUUCUCCAUGACGGCAGACUCCUCCAUGUCCACGUCUCCAGCGCCCGCUGUCGCCCACCUGGAUUUGCUUGCGUCGUGCUCCGACUGCAAACGGUUCCUAAACGUCGGCGAGACCAUUUACCAGAGGAAGGGCCACGCGGACAUCUUCUGCUCCACGCCAUGCCUUUUGAGAUUUUACCAAAUUAAGCCAGUAAAUAAGACCUGCCAAUUCUGCCUCCAGGAGAUCACACAGCCUCAGGACGCCAUCCAGGCCCCGGUGGACAACGUGGGGACGAUGAAGGACUUCUGCUGCGUGACCUGCCUGUCGGCCUCCCACUACAAGAGUAUCGUGUCCACCAAAAUCCCCCUUGUGCCAGUCGCGUUACAGUCACAAUGCAGCAUGUGCAGCAGAUAUUGCAUCAGCAAACGGGAGGUCAUCCAGCAGGAAGUCAUCCACAAGAUCUGCAGCGACCCCUGUUUCCUCCGCUUCUGCACCCUGAACAACUUGUCCAUCUGUGAGAACUGCCGCUCCUGCUGCAGCGCGCCUCUCGCGCUCAAGAUGGUCGACGGCAGCAAGAAGCUGUGCGAUGCUGAGUGUCUGGCCCAAUUCAAACUGAAAAUCAAAACGCUGCAGCCGUGCGCCAUGUGCCACGCCUCCCGUGUAAUGGCGGAUAUGUUGGAAAACAAAAACGGCGAGGACGCCGUGGAGCUCUUCUGCACCAGCAGCUGUGUGAUGGCAUUCAAGAUCCAGGCCGUCAGUGCGUCAGGUGCUCCAUUAAAGUGUGACCAAUGUGGUAAGACGACAUUACCGGCCUGCCACCUCGCCAUGCCAGAUGCCUCCAUCAGAAACUUUUGCACUCUAACCUGUGCCAUGUCUUUUAAGGAGCACCAGAAAGACAUGAGUGCAUCCACUAACGCAGAAGGAGCCGCUGACCGAACCCAAUGCGACUUCCUUAAACCACCUGAGAAGCUGCCAUGCGCCCAGUGUCAGCGCAUUAUAAAGGCGACGCCCAAGGUCAUCCAGAAAAAGGACAAGAUGCAUUUUGUUUGUAGCCUGGCCUGUUCUCAAAAGUUUAAAAUGACCAACAACAUCAUCGCUAAGUGUGAAUAUUGCGAGAAUGAAAAGAUCAUCCGAGACGUCAAGAAGGUCGACGGCAAAGUUUGCUUCUUCUGCAGUGACGGUUGCAAGAUGCUCUUUCGACAGGAGCUGAAAAAGCAGUGGGGGGAACACUGUGGCUUGUGUGCUUACUGCCUGUCCAUCUCCAAGACGCGUGUGACGGCAAAGUAUGAAGGCGCCAACAAGGAGUUCUGCUCGGAAGACUGCAGCUUAAAUUACAAUAUGCUCCUCAGCCGCGUGGCACAGUGUGACACCUGCGGUCAAAAUGGUAAGCUGAGGCAGAGUCUUCCCAUGCUGGGAGAGGUCAAACACUUCUGUUUCCUGAGAUGUCUCCUCCAUUUCUGCAAUAAAAAGGUCCAGAUGGUCAACACCGUCUCUUCAUCUCCUAGACCUUCAGGGACAAUCGAGUCCUCUCCCAUCAUCGCUAACGUCAUUUCGCUUGCUAGCGCUUUGGCUAAACAGCCCAGUGCCUCUGCCAGCCCGACACAGCUCGUCUCUGAGCCUGACAUUCAAACAAAGAUCGUUGGACAUGCCAGUGUUCAAACAGUCCCCAAGGAGCUGAAGAACAAAUCCGUUCUCUGCAUCCCGUUGGUCCACAACAAAGGAGUCUCCUGUACGACUCAGACUGUCGACACAGAGACACAGACAGACACCUUUGUACCUAAAGUCAUAGUCCUGCCGGUCCCAGUGCCGCUGUACGUUCCUCUGCCUAUGAACAUGUACAGCCAGUACACACCGAAGCCCUUGUGCCUGCCCAUACCGCUGCCUGUACCCGUGUUUCUACCCACCCCGACUGUGAAAUCAGCGAAGGAGGAGAUCCAGCCGGACCAGCUGGAGGAAGAGCUCGGCUUCACGUCUGAGAUGAAGAAAGUGCACGAGAGAGAGGACAGAGUGGUGACAACAAAGGGACCAAGACAAGAGGGCCUCGCGUCAUCGGACCACAGCAGAAACUGUAGUGAUGACUUUGAUUCAGACCGUCGGCCCACUUUCAACCCCCAGGACGACUCUUCCUCUGACACCAGCUUCGGCUCGCUUAGCCGACCACACACCCACGAAGAAACACCUCCUCCUCCUCUGGAGAGGAGCGGGGGUCCCUUGAGCUCACCGGGCCCCGAACCGGCCCCUCCGCCAUCACAACAGACCUCGGGGAAAGUCCACAACAAGAACAAGGCUCCUAAACGGCAACAGUCACCCAGAGCAGCUACAGAGGAGACUUGUCAGAGAGAGGUCGUGUCGAGGAAGCACCACAAACUGAAGAGUCAAUGUGGAGUUGACGCCUGGAAGGGAUGGAUUCGGUGGAGGGAAACGCAAACAAACCUCAUUUCUCCUGACGCUCUGCCGUUAGACCAGGAUGUCCUGCGCUGCUCCGCGAGCGAGCUGAGCGACGGCCUCUGUUGUUUCAUCAGAGAAGUGAAGCGACCGGAUGGAGAGCCCUACUCCCCCGACGGCCUGUUCUACCUCUGUCUCAGCAUUCAGCAGUAUCUGUUCGAUAACGACCGUCUGGAAGACAUCUUCAAUGAUCUGACCUACAACAAGUUCGCCACAAAGUUCACCAGAAUCCUGAAAAGUUUCAAACCCUCGACCGCAGAUGGUGGCUACAUCCACUCCCGUGUGGAGGAGGGGUUUCUGUGGGACUGCAAACAGCUGGGGGCGUACUCUCCCAUCGUCCUCCUCAACACUCUGCUCUUCUUCUGCUGCAAGUACUUUGGAUUCACCACAGUGGAGCAGCACCGCCAGCUGUCCUUCGCCCACGUCAUGCGCUGCACCAAGACCAACCCGAACAACACCAACACCACCUUCCUGCGCUUCCACUUGCAUUCCAUAAACGAAGCAGAGACAGAUGGAGUUCCUGCCAAAAAGCGUAAGAGAAAAAAGGAUAUUUUGGAGAUGAUGGAGAACACGGAGAACCCUCUACGCUGUCCGGUCAGCCUCUACGAGUUCUACCUCUCAAAGUGCGCGGAGUCGGUGAGGCCGCGCACCGACCUGUUCUACCUUCUCCCGGAUCGCCGCUGCGUCCCCAACAGCCCCCUGUGGUUCUGCUCCACCCCUCUGGACGACGGCACCAUGGAGGCCAUGCUCGUACGAAUCAUGGCCCUCCGAGAGCUGCGGGGUCCAGAUGGAGGAGCGGUGGACCGGCAGACGUCAGGUGACGCACUGUUCGUACCUGAGGAGGACGAGGAGGACGAGGAGGAGGAGGAAUGACAAAGGACAUGUUUUUUUCUUUUUGUUCUUUUUAGAGAAGUGUUAAAUUUUGUAUACAAAACUCGAAAUACAGAAAUUAUGUCUCAAACCUACAAAAACGUAUAAUUUGUUGUCUUCUGCAGGUUUAAUUAAGAUCAGAUGUUUAAAUGUUUUACUUCUGAAAGCUCACAUCCAUGUUCUAGGAUUAAUUUAACUUCUGUAGUUUGAACCAUUUCAAACUGUGACCUAUCGGUGGGGUUUCACAGGACACUUUGACUUUGUGGCUGAGAUCAAACUUGUCUUCAGACUUCUGAUGGACUGAAUUCAUCCUCGCUCUUAAGCGCCAUCAAGCCGCUCGUUUCCGUCCCUUCAGCAGCCCUCCUUGAUAAGGACGUUCUAGGUUGUUUAACUAUACAAAAACGUUCCACUUGCAUAAAAUGUCAAAGCAAAGCAAGUGCUGUGGCUUCAGUUGUUCUGCUUCCCCUUGUCAUCACUCGCUCCACCACAUUGUUAACGGCCUUCUGAGCCGUGUUCCAGUGCCGGAUGUCUUCAGACUUCACAAGAGAGAAGAGAAGAAAAGGUUUACGUUAUAACUGCUGAUUUUACUGUUUGUCAAGUCUUUGGUUUGUCUCAGUUCGAGAUUUACUAAAAGAAAUAUUGAAAAGUCAUUCUUGUUUUACUUUAUUUUGCAUAUCUCAAAAAUGUAAAUAAAAUAAAAAAGACAUUACUAUUGUGCUGCA